UACUCGGGUUACCCCCAGGUUACCUGGGUUACCCCCACUGGUUAUCUCUGUUUUCGAUUACCCCAGAGCCUUCGUGGCGUCGUAGGGAAUCGUGAGCCUGGGGAAAAGGAUUGUUGAAUGGAUUGUUGCAAUAUUUUCAAGUUCGAAGAUAUCGAAAAUAAACCUUUUUUAUGACACUUUGAAUGUUCUCCCAGCUUUUUGUGCUAACUGCAAGAGGAGAUGCACUCAUCUUUCGAGAUUAUCGAGGUGAUCUUGAGCAGAAAUGCACAGAGAUUUUCUACAACAACAUAAAGACAUCAAGAGGCAACCAAGCACCUUGUUUUAAUAUCAAUGGUGUGAACUACAUAUUCGUCCAUACAGCUGACCUGUAUUUUGUCUUAACAACAAAAAAGAACGUGUCACCAAAUUGUGGUCUGGAAUUCCUGCAGAGGUUCACCUCUAUAUGCAAAGACUACUGUGGUGUGUUAAAUGAAAAUUCAAUACAACAGAAUUUUGUUUUGAUUUAUGAAAUAUUGGAUGAAGUUCUGAAUUUUGGUUACAUCCAAGAGACAUAUUCCCAAGCUAUAAAACCAUACGUCCUAAAUCAGCCUACAAUUGUAGAACCUUAUGAUAAACCAAGUCAAUUUCCUGGAAGAGCUGUGUUUGGCUUGGAGAAGCUCCGUGUUGGUAGUGAUGCUGCAAAUAGGCCUGUUGGACACAGUGAUAGGUUUUCGACACCAAAGAAAGGUGAAAUAUUCUCAGACAUAUUGGAACAUCUGUUAGUUCAAGUUGAUUCAGAGGGCAAUGUACAGUGUUCAGAACUCAUUGGCAGUAUUACUUUACGUAGUUUUCUUCCUGAAGGAUGUGUUCUUACUAUGGCGCUAAGUGAUGAACUUUGUAAACUACAUGUUGUCAAUAGUUUUGGGCUGCAACUCGAGGAUUACAAUCUUCAUCCUUCUGUAAACAGCGAGGAGUUUGAGUCAAGCGGAAAGCUCUCUGUUAUGCCUUUGGUUGGUGAGUUUGCCAUGAUGAAUUAUCGCAUGUCUGGAACAAUUCUGGAAAGAAACCUUCCUUUCACCGUUGAAAUGAUGUUCGAAGAUUCCUGUUCCUCAAAAUCCAUAGAUGUUUCCUUGAGAAUAAACUGCAAUAUACCCACGGACAAAUAUGCGGAUAAAGUUCUCGUGCAAUUCAACGUCCCAAAAGACACCAGGAGUGUGUCUUGUUCUGGGCAGACUGUAGAGUUUGUCGAAGAUAAAAACUUGGUAACUUGGCAUAUUGCACAGUUCCAAGGUGGAACAACAAUAAGAGCGUUGUUUAAGUUAAAUGGAUCAUUUGAUGAAGAUUUUCAAAGUCGACGCGAGUUAGAUGCAAUCAACAUUCGAUUUGAAAUUCCUCUCUUUCUCUGCUCUGGAGCGAGAGUGAAAUCUUUGAGGAUCUCUGGUGGCGCGGCAAAAAUUGAACACACCACGAAGUGGGCCAGGCAAAUUACGUACAGUGAUUCGUACGUUAUACGAGUGUGAUAAGUUAUGGCAACCCCGAGAAAUCAAGAAAAUAAAUAUGGAUGGUAGUAGCAUCGUGUGUAAAUUCUAUUCCUCCAACGCGUGUGUCUGGCUCUGCGAUGUAGAAUGACCGUCAGAGAAUGACCGUCAAAGUCAUCAACAGCGCCAUUUUUAAAAAGAUAACACAUUAUAAAGAAAAUGUGGUCAAUAUGGACAACUUCAUUACCGACCGAAAAGUAGGAAUAGCCGGAAAAUAUAUAUACAUUUAGUAUGCAAUGUUUUUUUGCUCAAAAUGAGCGUUUUAGCAUUUCUCUGUCACAAAUGCAACGACUGUAAUAAAAUUCAGUUUGUUAACAUCGAUGUUUUGAGAAAAAAAAUAGA